AUGUGGGUUCUCCGGGGCCUCCUCCGGGCAGCCUCGCCGUCGCUCCGCCGCAGCUCCGGGCGCUUCGCCGCGAGGGGCGAGGCGGUGGCCGCGGCCUCGGGCUCCGCUCCGGCGCCCGCGGGGCUGCCGGCGGCAGGAGCGGGAGCCGACGGCGCGUGGCGGCGGGCGAUGUCGACCAAGGGGAGGAGCAUGCGGAGCAAGGUGGAGAAGCGGAUGGCGAGGGAGACCGGCCGCACGCAGCGGGAGCUCCGCCGCGCCGUCAAGCUCAGGAAGAAGCUCAUGACCGAGGACGAGAAGCUCAUCUACAACCUGCGCAGGGCCAAGAAAAAAGUGGCUUUGCUCCUACAGAAGCUCAAGAAGUAUGAGCUACCAGACUUACCAGCUCCUCGUCAUGAUCCUGAGCUGUUAACGGCAGAGCAACUACAAGCCUACAAGAAGAUUGGAUUCAGAAAUAGAAACUAUGUGCCUGUUGGAGUUCGUGGAGUCUUUGGAGGUGUUGUUCAAAACAUGCAUAUGCACUGGAAAUUCCAUGAGACGGUACAAGUUUGUUGUGACAACUUCCCAAAGGAAAAAAUUAAGGAAAUGGCAGCAAUGCUGACAAGAUUGAGUGGUGGAAUAGUGAUCAACAUUCAUAAUACCAAAACAAUCAUCAUGUUUCGAGGAAGAAACUACCGUCAACCAAAGAACCUUAUACCUUUCAAUACACUUACCAAAAGGAAGGCAUUAUUCAAGGCUAGAUUUGAGCAAGCACUUGAAUCGCAGAAAUUAAACAUCAAGAAAAUAGAAACUCAACUCCGUCGUAAGGGUAUCAAUCCAGAGGACCCAGUUGCUAUGGCCAGCAUUCAGCGUGUUGCCUCUACGUUCUUCCGAGCCAUAGAUGAGCAGCAAGGUACUCCCUAUAUUUUCCGUGGGGACGCACAACCUUCUGCUGGGACUUCUGAAAUAAAAGAACCACGUGAUGAACCAUCUGAAGAUAGUGACCAGGAGGAGCUUGACAGGUUCAUUUCAGAGAUAGAAAGUGCAGCAGAGAAGCAAUGGGAGGAAGAAGAGGCCGCAGAGAAAGAAGAAUCUUCAAGAAUGCGAUAUUGGGAGAGGGAAGAUAUAGGUGAUCGGAGGGGUUUCAACAGAAGUUAUGAAAACUCAGAUUAUGAGGAUAGAGGACAGGGAAGAUAUAGGAGAGAGCAUAACAACAACAGAAGGACUUCAGAUGCAAGGAGGUGGGAUGAUGAUAGCGAGUUCGAGGCAUCAGGUGAAGAAUGGGACUCUGGUGAUGACAGGGGUAAUGCUCUGGGCUUCGACAAUGAUAGAGAUUCUACUGAUGAGCAUCCUCGACGAUUUGGAAGCAUGAGGAACGAGAAGAGCAGAUCCAGUCGGACACAGGAUUUUGUUCCUAGGGGAGAAGUGGGCGAGGGGAAGGGUUUCAAUAGAAGCUAUGGCAACUCAGAUGUUCUCAAUAGAGGCCAGGGAAGACAUAGGAGAGAUAAUAACAACAACAAAAGAACAUCAGAUGCAAGGAGGUGGGAUGAUGAUAGUGAGAUCGAGGCAUCAGGUGGAGAAUGGGACUCUGGUGAUGACAGUGAUAAUGUUCUUGGACUCGACAAUGAUAUAGACGCAUCUGAUGUUCAUCCUCGACAGUUCAAAAGUAUGAGGAAUGAGAAGAGCAGAUCCAGUGGCAGGCAGAAUUCCAUUCCUGGGGGAUUCAGAGGUUCCAAUCGGAUUCCAGGGAAUUCAGUCAAUGGUUCCGAUGGCACUAUGUUCAGAGGCAGCAACGGUGAUGAGUUAGACACCGAAGAUGAUGACCUGUGGGGGUCAGAUUAUAAGGGGAAGGAAACAAACUCAAGAGCCCCAAAGGUGAAUUUCCCAAGUUUCCACAGCAGUAGUGAGGACAGUGAUGACAACAGGAGAAACGAUGGCAAGAUUGGUAAAAUGAAGAAAAAUACUGAUGAAAGUUGGGACAGUGACUGA